ACUUGGUUGGUGGUCUAAAAGAGUGGCUGCACCCAUAAACACACCAGAAAAAUAAGGUGAAGUACAAGAACAAGAACCGACACAAAUCCCUAGAAAGAUGGAACGAGCCAUUUCCAAUCUUGCAUUUAGAGGUUCUAUUCUUGAAGCAAUCACUGAAGCCAAAAGGCAGAAAAAGCUUUUCGUAGUUUACAUCUCAGGAGAUGAUGAAGUUUCAGCCUCAAUGGAUGAAUCUACGUGGUCAGAGUCAAGUGUGGCAGAGUCACUACCAAAGUACGCCAUUUUGUUGCACAUCUUAGACGGAAGCACAGAUGCAUCUCAAUUUUCUGCAUUAUACCCACAGAAACCUGCUCCUUGUAUAACAGCUAUCGGAUAUAACGGGGUCCAACUAUGGCAAAAUGAGGGCUUUGUCAGUGCUGAGGUUCUGGUUUCAACCCUUGAGAAGGCAUGGUUGAGUCUUCAUGUUCAGGAGACAACUGCCUCUUUCUUGACUGCAGCACUUGCCUCGAGACAAUCUGAACAAAUUCCAUCAGAAGCUGCUCCUACCACUGCACGUGAAAUUGGAAGUUCUUCUUCAACACCAUCAAGUAAUACAAAUGCUAGUGCUUCAGUGGACAAAACCGACAUAGAUCAUGACAAAGAAAAAUCUAAGAACUCUGCACCACUGAUUGAGGAAAUAAACUCAAAACUUGGUGAUGAUGAUGUGUCUCAUGGGCCAUUUGUCAAUAAAUUGGAAGAAAGUAAGGUUGAACAGCUAGAUACAACAACUAGAGAACCAGUUAAGCAGGUGACCACAAGUGCAAGUGAUUCUAGAGUUGACAAAAAAUCGAGCUUGAAUGUUGUGGAGGCUCCUCAAGUGGUUGAUACUGAAGCAAAGCCUAAAAAGUCUGAAAGUUCGCAAACUGAGAAGGAUGAUUAUUCAGAUUUAGCUUCAAAUAGAUCAACUGAUAUUCAUUUAAAUAUACGAUUACCUGGGGGCACAAGUCUACAAGAGAAGUUUGAACCUACAAGCACUUUGAGAAUGGUCAAAGACUGCGUGGAUCAAAAGCAAGAAACUAGCAUAAGCUCUUAUGAUCUAGCCAUUCCUUAUCCCCGCAAGGUUUUUGGUGACCAAGAUUUAAGUAAAACUUUGAAGGAGUUAAGUCUGCUUGAUAGACAAGCAUUGAUAGUGGUUCCACAUCUCCGAGGUGCGGGUCAUCACAAAGGACGAUCUUCCACGCCCAACCCAUCAGUGUCAACGAGUGCUGCUGGAUCUUCAGAUGGCGAAGGUUUAUAUUCACUUGUGAAAAGGGUUCUAUCAUAUGUAAAUCCUUUGGCUUAUCUUGGGGCUGGUGGUGCUGCUGCGAACUCCUCAACUUCUGCACCGGAAACUCGAAGAAGUUUGCCGGAAUCUGGCUCUGCUCCGCAAGGCACCUUCACGGGCAGCAGAUCCUACGUCGUAAGAUCAAAUCAAAGCGAUAUUACACCAUCAACUGGUAGAAACAACAGGCCAAACUCAUCUCGAUUUGGAAGUGGAAGCAACAUCCACACCCUGAAACACGAUGAAGAUGAUAGCAAAUUCAGCGGCAAAAAUGCUUUCUGGAACGGGAAUUCCACAGAAUAUGGUGGUGAUGGCGACAACAAGUGAGACCUCGCGAUUUCUAGAGACCUCGGUUAUAUAUUUAUUUGCAAAGACAUUUACAUGCAUAUUACAUUCUCAUAAGUUUCAGGUAAUAAAUAUGUUAU